GGACAUUGUUCGCCGAUGCACACAAUGUUUGUGUGUGGUUUUUUUUUUUAUUACGUCGCCAGUACUUUCACAAGAGAUUGCUAAACAUAUUUAAAUAGACUGCUGUGCUUAAUCCAAAUAUAAAUUCACAUAACCGAUGCUUGACUACACCUAAAGCAGUUAGUCGAUAGUCAUCAUGGGACGAAGCCGAUCACGGGACAGGUCAAGCAGCAGGAGCAAAAGCACGAGCACACGGCAGAAGAAGGAGGCGAAGAAGAUGAGAAGCAGGAGUUCCUGCAGCAGCAGUGCAAGCAGCCCCUCCCCACACAGGAAACGGCGUCAGUCCUCCAGCAAAAACCAAGAUUCUGCCGAAGGAAAACAAGAAAAGGAAGUAAAAAAGAAGCAAAGGUCCUCGUCUUCAUUCUCUGAUUCAUCUUCCUCGGAGUCCAGCGACGCCAAGUCCAGGAAGAAGGCCAAGCGCACACUGAAGAAGGUCAAAGCCAAGGAAAAGAAGGAGAAAAAGAAGCAGAAGAAGAUGAGAAAGAAAAUGAAGAAACUGAGAAAGCAAGCAGAGAAGGUGGAGAAAGCACAGGCAGAGAAAGCAGCUGCAGAGAAAGCAGCUGCCUUGCUGAAGGCAGAGGAAGCAGGUCUGGAGACCUGGCAAAGUGAGCCGUUGGUGGAGCUGGGACCAGCAAUGACGGAUGAGCAGAAGGCUCGGCUCUCCACCAAGAGGCCUAUGACCAAAGAAGAGUGGGACGCAAGACAGAGCGUCAUUCGUAGGGUCGUAGAUCCAGAGACUGGGAGGACAAGGAUUGUGAGGGGUGAUGGAGAGAUACUGGAAGAAAUUGUAAGCAAAGAGAAGCACAAAGACAUAAAUAAGCAAGCAACUUCAGCCGAUGGGUAUUAUUUCCAGAAGAGAAUGGGACUCAAUCGGUAGAGCUCCUGAAAUGGUUUCUCUCGGGAGAGUAGGUGAAGGAGCUGGUUUGGCUGACCGUUUCCUCUCCAUGUCAGUGGAAGAAGUAAACCGCUGGUCUUGCUUUUUAUUGUUUGUAUUGUUCUUAUUUUGUUGUAAUCAGUUGGCAUUUGAUUUUCUAAGCAGAGCUACAACCUUGGUAGGAUAUUAAGUGUUCAUGUGGCAAUGUUCAUUGGCAGUGCCAUCAGGAAAUUAAAAGUUUUAUUUUAUGAAAAA